GCGAGCAGCUGACGCGGGCCAAACUCCGUCGCUCUUUCAAAUCGGCUGUUUAAAUAUAUAACUAAAUAUUCAGUUUAUCGAUUUGUUUAUCACUGGGAUAAAUUGCCCGGUCCUGACAACAAGUGGCGGACGCCGAAGGAUUUGUUUUUUUUUUAUUCCACUGUGAAAAACUGUGGCUUUCAUGAUUAUCACGGGGAAAUUCUGUGCUGCGAUCAGUGGAACGUUUCGUCUGGGGUAGUAAUCAGGUGUCAGUUUUUACGGGGAUUUCUGUUGUGCGCCAAAUUUUCCCGGUCUUCCUGUGCGCGCGCAUGUCCACGCUCCUGCAAACGAGUCUUCGGUGAAUUCGGGAGGACCUCGACAUCAUGGAGCUCACGACAAAGUGGCGCAUUCCUCCGCCACUGACCCUGGCACUGGUCCUCCUCUCGGUUGCGCGACUAUCCGACGCCGUGUCCGAGAGUAUCAUCGGUAGUCGCGAGACCUGUGACGUCGAGGGAGAGGAUUUCACCGUCGACAAAAUACCGAGAGUCAACACGAAAUGCUUCAACUGCAUCUGCAAGAAUGGUUUUGUGGAGUGUAUGCAGCAGCAAUGUCCGAGUAUUGAAGGAUGUUACACCCUUUUAAAAGCGAGAGACGAUGAAUGCUGUGAUCGAUGUAGGGGUUGCACUCGAAACGGAAUAGAUCAUGAAUCAGGUACUGAAUGGACGGAUCCCAGUGAUCCUUGUAGAAUAAUCACCUGCAGGGCGGGUGUAAUCACCGAAUCAAAAUUGCGGUGCUACACACCCUGUCCCAAACCAAUUCCGGCGCCGCCGGGUCAGUGUUGUCCUGUUUGCAUCGGAUGCUACGUGAACGGACAGAAGGUCACUGCAGACAGAUCUGUCACCACCACUGAAGAUCCCUGCGUCACCUGCAGAUGCAAUUCCGGACGUCUCACCUGCGCUAAACACGCCUGUCCGGUCCUUCAUUGUCCUCCUUCAAGUAUUGUACACGAGGCAGGAGAGUGCUGUCCUCAUUGCAAAGGAAAAAAUAGGGAAUUCCUUUCACCUCCGAAGGGCGGUUGCAUGCUGGGUACAGCAGUCUAUCACUCUGGCUCUCAAUUCUAUGUGGAUCACUGCACAAAAUGCUCGUGCACAAAUUCAGCUAUUGCCUGUAUAAAAGAGACGUGUCCUGUUCUCGAGUGCACCAGCGAGCAUCAGACAACAUUGCCAGGAAGAUGUUGUCCCCAGUGUCCACUUGUUGAAGAGAGUCCAGCCUCCUGUACUUAUGGCGGAAGAACUUACGGGGAUGGCGAAUCUUGGAAACUUGAUCCCUGCAAGGCGUGUGCGUGCGUACAAGGCAAAGUUAGGUGUGCCAUGCCAAUGUGUCCACCACUCAACAUUCCUUGUCCUCCUAAUUCAAGGUUGGAGCAUCCUGAAGGCCAGUGCUGUCCCCGUUGUGUUGAGAGUGAUGGAGUUUGCACGGUAUUCGGUGAUCCCCAUUACCGCACAUUUGACGGUAAAUUCUUCAGUUUCAAAGGUGCCUGCAAGUAUCAACUGGUGAGCGAUUGUCUGGGUCACACAUUCAGCAUAAGAGUGACAAAUGACGCCAGAUCAACGAGGUCAUCGGCAUGGACCAAGACAAUUGCCCUCAAGGUGGGUGAUCUGAAAGUCAAUCUUGGUCAGAGAAUGAGGGUAAAAGUGAAUGGAAUGAGGAUUGAAGUGCCUUAUCGAGUGCCAAACAGACUGGAGAUCAAUCGAACCGCUGACAGUAUCCUCGUCACAACGCAAAUUGGCAUUAAAGUGUUGUGGGAUGGCAUUAGUUUCAUCGAGGUAUCAGCACCAACGUCCUAUCGGGGACGACUCUGUGGCCUCUGUGGUAAUUUCAAUUCCCUACCCAAGGAUGACUUUACCACGAGGAAAGGAAAAUUGCUGCCGGAUCCUUAUUCCUUUGGACAGAGUUGGGCAGUUGGCUCCAAGAAAAUAUGCACCAGGAUCAAACCAAUUAAUAUUGAUCGAGAGAGACGAUGCAAGGGGAAAAAAGAUCACAGAUUGUGCAAUAGAUUGCGAUCUCAAAUAUUCGAUCCCUGCCACAAAAAAGUCAAUCCAACGAUGUACUACAAGUCCUGCCUCCAAGAUAUGUGCGAAUGUCCAACGGACAAUUGCUACUGCGAAUCAUUCGUGGCAUAUGUCCACGAGUGCCAGAGACUGGGUAUCCAACUUCCUCACUGGAGGAAAUCCACAAGAUGUCGUACCAUCUGGGACACAACAGCUCUCGCCAACAUAAGGCGGCAUCCCUGACCCAGCCCUCGUAUUGUUUUUAAUCAUUUUUGUACAUAACUGAAGAUGAAACUCUCGAAAGUAUGUUUUUUAAUUUAAUAUUUCAUUGUUUAUACUCUGUUCAGUGUAUGUGAGUGACGAUAUCGUGCUUCGGAGUUAUUUUUUACUAGUCAUCGCUUCGUGUUUUAUACGCAUUAAUGGUGAAUGGAGCUCUUCGGGCCGAAAAAAAACGACGAGCAGAGGGUGGAAAACAGAUUUGAGAAAUUUUUUUCCAAUUGUUUAACGACUGCAAUCAUUAAUCCGAUACUAAUCUGCUGUCAAAUUUUUCAUAUUAUUUUAUCAAUCAGGAUUUUUGGUGAAUAUUGUUAUUUAUAUCAUCAACAAUUGAUGCAAAUUGAUAACUUCUGAUUAUUCUUCUUAAAUUGAUGAGGGGGGCCUCGAAGAAAGAUAAUCGAUUCUUUUUUUAAAAAUUCAACAGUUGAGUUAACGUGUCGCAAAUUUCAGUCCAUUCAAUCUUUCAUUAAAAAUUUUUAUCAGUCAUUGUCAUUUUAUUCGUUCAUCGUCUCUCGUGGAUUCUUCCAUUGCUGAAUUAAAAAAUAUGCGAUACGCUUUUUUAUCUCGAUUGCUAACAACAAAAUGAUGAUUUAUUGAAAAUUGCUUUUAAUUACCUCGUUCUCCGAUUUUCUCUAUUUUUAGAAUAAAAAAAUGCGUAUCUAAUAUUAGUCAUCACAAUCUCUUGUGUUUCGUAAUCAAUCAUAGAGGGAAAAGGUUUGCCGGUGCUAUAAAAAAUUUAUUGACGGUCAAAGAAAAGAUUUUGUAUUCACGAGACAGAACCUUUUUUCCUGAUCCUAAACUCUUUUCUCAAAUAAUAAUUGUAAUUUAAGUUUUACGUUUAAUUCAACAUAAACUUUAAACAUUAAACUUCAAUCCACUCUUUUGAUUGCAUUAUGCAUUAAAAUUUUGGAAAAGUAAUCGAAAAAGUUUUAUUAGAAAUUUUUUGUCUUGAGGACAGAAUCUUUUCAGAAUUGAGAAUCACAUGAAGGAGAUUAAACGUUUUCUCUCUGCGAUCCUAUAAAUUCAAGUGCAAUAGUGUCUGCUCCACUCGACUGAUGAAUUUUUCCACUACUUUAAUAUUAUUUAACCCUUUUUUCUAAUUUCCCGAAUAUAUCAGAGCACCAUGCAGUAUUUCGGCCGAUGAGCAGGCUCGCGGCGUAGCAUCUACAUCCCAGUGUAUAACUCGACGCGUUUUUAAUCGUAACAUAAUGAUAAAAUAAUUGCACUCUAAAAAAUGAUUACUCCAAUUACCUAUUGAAAAUGUAAAUAAAAAACGUGAAUUCCACUGAAUUAUUGAUGAUACACCAGAAAAAUCGUGGGACCAAGUAUUUUUGUUAAAAUUAUGUAACAAUCUUUAUUUUUAUGAGUGUUAUUAAACACUUGCCAUCGGUCAAUUUAAACACUCUUCGGAAGUGUAUCUUGUGCUUUUCAGAAGUUAGAAAACAGCUGAAGACGACAUUCAAAAUAUUGCCUGCGAUUUUUCAUAAAUUCCUUAGAAAUAUUCUUAAACUUUUGAGGAGUGAGAAAAUUCUGACGAAAAUAAUAGUUUAAUUUUUAGUAGUAUGUUUGCUAAUUUCCGGUCCAAUAAUGCAAUCUUUUUUUAGAGUGUGAUCCCCAUCCGAAGACGUGUCAAAUAGUGAAGAUUCUGGAAGUGAAAACGAGCGAAAAUCGAAUGCUAUGUAGAUAAUUAACGUAUAAUAGUCUCCAAAUUGUAGGUAAUACUUUGAAGAAUCCUAGGAUUAAUAAGAAAUUGUAAAUAUUAUGUAGAUGAUGAAGUGUAGCAAAUGUUAUCCUCUCCCGACUAAAUCAGUGGUCUCUCGUUCAUCUGUGGUUAUUCGUAUCAUGUCGCCUUUUUUAUAUCAAUGUUCGGGGAAAAUUGUUCAUUAACAAAUCGCUGGAAUGAGUUCUGAAUGACUGCUAUCGCUUGAGGAUUCCAAUCGUUUGGAACACAUUCCUGUGCACGCAGCCUUGUCGUAGCUUAUGGUUUUUUAAUGAAAAAUAGACAAAUGAACAGUCUAUACCGUAUAGUCCAAAGCAAGUAGCCAAUUCUUCGUGUUUUUUGUAAAAGAAUUAAGAGAAUAAAAAGAUUUAUAUUCA